AUGGCUUUUAAGGUUGGUCCUGCUUUGUCAGCAAACACUGAUUUUAAUACAAGAAUGACUCAUGUUGUUUGGAAUGAUACUAUUAUUCCAGAAGAUUUUGAAACUGAGUGGCAUUCAAUAAUGUCUACUUUUGGAUUGGAAAAUCAUGAGUGGUUAAAAGAUAUGUACGAUCUUCGAUUUGAUUGGAUUCCUGCUUAUUACCAUGGAGAGGAUUUGGCUGGACUUAUGCGUACUACGUCAAGAUGUGAAAGCGAGAAUUACUUCUUUGGUCAGAUUUGCAAUCCAAGAUGUAUACUUGUUGAAUUUUUCACUCAUUUUGAGACUGCAAUGGAUAUUCAAAGGCAUGAGCAUAGGAGGAAUGAUCAUGAUACAAGGUAUAUUGAGUGUAAACCCUGGAGUGACUUUGUUCAAUACAACAAACAAGAAGAUGGUUUAAGUAUAAGUUGUUCUUGCAAACGGUUUGAACAAUUUGGUAUAUUGUGCCGCCAUAUAUUUUACGUAUUACGGUAUGAUGAUAUAACUGAGUUUCCUAGAAGAUAUGUUCAUAGAAGAUGGAUGAGAGAUGUUGUUUCAGUUGGAUCAAAUCAUUCCAAUAUUCGGUUUGAUGAAAUUGGUAGGAAUAGUGAAAUUGAUAAAGUUUAUAGAGAAAUCGUUGUUGCAAAUGAGUAUGUGGUUAAUAGGCUGGUUGGCGAUUUAGAUGAACUGUGUCGUUACAGGGAUCAUAUUAAAAGUUAUAUUGAUAAAGCGGAUGAGGUUAUGGUUGCUGCGCCGCCUCCUAGUCGCAAAGAAAGAUUUGCUGAUAUUGGAGGGAACUUAGAAAAAUCAGAUUCUAUGAUUUGUGUCCCGAUCAAAAUAAGGACCAAAGGAUGCGGUGUACAAAAAAGGAUCAAGUCUAAUCGUGAGAUUGCAAUUCAGAAAUCAUCAAAGAUCCAGAAAUCGUGCGGUGUAUGUGGUGGAAAAGGACAUAACAGUCGCACAUGUAAAGAUAAGGUUUCUUCUAAUGCUAUAGGUUCUAGCAAUGCAAUGUAA